UUCCCCGAUCACACAUUCAUUUGGCUUGCCUCAAUUUACCGACCAGUUACACCUUUUAGGAAAAGUAAAAAAUUGAAAAAAUUUCAUGCGGAAAGGAGUGGAGAACAGCGUCAAAAAAGAACGAGGUAAGACCGAUUCGCGAUGCAGGCUCACCAUGCGAUGCCCGACUUCCGGUGCAGGAACAACUGCCAACACAAGGAGUGCCAACGACACGCUCCUCUGGGGAUAAUCGACCAGCACACUCAGUGCAAGUGUUUGGGCGAGGUGAACGCCUCCUCGAUUUUCCUGGAGAAUGUCCUCGAUCUGGCCAACACUUUGGCCCAGGUGAUGAUCAUUUGCGGAUUGCACGAGUGCAAGGCAAAGUCCACGGUGGACAUCAUCUCGUAUGCCUUCCUGCACUACGACCAGGUGUGCUAUUGCAUUGACACCACGCCGAAGAAGAGGCUGAGGAAGGAGGAUCUCUUCCACGAACUGGGCAAGAAGUCGCUGAUGAACAAGGUGGAGGCGCACCUGGCCUACGCGAUCAUCAAGCGGGGAUUCAAGGCCUUCUACUACGAGCCGAAACAGGAUUUGACAUACGAUGAACAGGGCAGGCCGUCGUACAACGAUGAGUGCGUUUGGGUGCAUGCGGCAAGGAAAACCGCUGAAUCCUAUGCCCGAUUCGAUGGACUCUCCUGCAGCGAUCAGUUGGCAUACGAGGCCAAGAUCAAGGUGGCCUUCAAGAAGUUCUACGAUCGAAUGCAGACGCGCAAGCGGCAACCGGAGGGCGAUGACUGCAACUGCUGUUUCUGCGCCAAGAAGCGCGGCCAUCUGGUCUACGCCAAGGAGCCGGUGCCCUGUUCCUCCACCAAGAAGAAGGCACCGAAGCACGUCUGCCCCUACUGCUGCAAGAAGAAGCAGAAGCAGCAGUACACGCAUCCUGCCCGCCAGCCGGCCAAGUGCCCCAAGUGCCACAAGUCGAGGAAGUUCUGCUGCUGCACCAAGAUGGACUUCAACCUGCAGUGGGUGAGGAGCAUCUGGGAGCGACCGGACUUCAACCAGUACUACAAGAACGAGAUCGCCGAGAUCGAGGACCGCCUGGUCAAGGGCACCUGCUGGCUGCCGCCGGAGCCUGAGGAGAAGCUGGGCGACGACUUCGAGGGCGAGGGCGAGGAGGAGCACGGCCAGGAGAUGUCACCAGAAGCUCUGUUGGCCCUUGGCGGCAAGGAGGUGCCCAAGGAGCCGGAGGUGGAGAUAGAAGUCGAAGGAUCGCCGUUGGCCACCAAGCAGCCAUCCGUCACCGAACCGGAGGCGGAGGGAGAGGCCUAACUUUGAAAAAUAUUCUGCCAAUCGGCACUCAACAGCUGUCUAAAUUUCAGUCAGUUUUCCAAAUUCUCAGUGCCAUUCGAUUGGAUAAAUAAUAAUAAAUAAUAUUAAUAAUAAUAAUAAUACUAAUAAUAAUAAUAAUAAUAAUACUAAUAAUAAUAAUAAUAAUAAAUACUUAA